AUGGUAGACAACAGGGAAUUUUAUUCUCAGUUGGUAUUCAGUAAAGAUAUGCCUAGCGGGAAUGUUCCUUGUACGGAAGUGAUGAUGUACAACGUAUCCUUACCUCACCGCAAUAGCAGUAGUGCGGGCCACAUCGACAGCUUGAGGACUAAAGGGAGAGCAAGCUCUCAUGAUCAUUCCAUGCGGAGUGAAAUGUCGUCCAAGAACUCCGCAAGCGAUUUUACGCCAAAGUCCAUUUCACAAUCCGAAGACAACGUCUACCAGAUGAGGGAAGAAGGAGACGGUUCUCCAAGUAUGAAGAGGUCCGAUUUUAAAAUCAAUCAAAGAGACUUAUUGUUACUUCGAAUGUCAUGGGAUAUCCUUCUCAAGGAGUAUCUAACCCCCGAAGAACUAAAACUCUUCCAAAGAAUUCUAUACUCAAAUAAAAACAUUACUUCCACAGAAAGACCCUAUUUAAAUAACGCUUUUGAUGGAAUGAUUACCAAAACUCUUGAUCCUACGCUUAGAUCGCAUAAAAAUAAAAAGAAGGAUAAUAAUAAUAAUAAUAAUAAUAAUAGCAAAGUUGAUACGGCGUUGUUUUGUUCACAGUUUUAUGACAACUUGAUUGUUAUGGACCCGUUAUUAGAAGAGUAUUUCCCGUCAUUAAGGCAUCAAGCCGUUUCGUUUUGCAAGGUGCUCAAUUCUGCUAUUGAAAACCUUGAAGACGUUCACAUCUUAGAUGACUACAUCGUGAAGUUAGGUAAACGUCAUUCUAGGAUUCUCGGCAUUAAGACCAUUGGAUUUGAAGUUAUGGGUAAGGCAUUUAUGACUACAUUGCAAGACAGAUUCGGAUCUUUUUUCACGCUGGAACUCAAGAAUCUUUGGGGCAAACUUUACUCUUAUUUGGCAAAUUGUAUGAUUACAGCGGGAAAGGAUCCAAUGAAAAUAUCUCAGCCAGGCGCCUUAAACCGAGAAAAUUCAUUAUUUUUAAAUUCAUCAGUUCCUAAACUUGCGACUGCUGAUAUAACCACUAGCAACAAGCCACAACUGGUCAAAACCAAAAAUGCCACCACACCCAAUAACAUUACACAGGUGCUUACGUCAAAACCCCUGUUGGAAAUACCUUUGGAAAAUUCCUCGACUCGAACCAAUAGUGAUCGUGAAUCCACUGCAACCUCACCAAACGGGCCUAGAAGCAUGAAACCUAGUAUUGGCAGCAGCACUGUUGUGGAAAGCAGCUCGAAAAAAAAUAAUUACGAAGAGAAAAUCCAUCUACUACAGAGAACUGCCCACCAGAAAAACUGCUCCAUUAUGUAA